CCAAGACAACGCCGCCACACCAAAACGAAAGCCGCAGGCGCAAGGUGCGUUCGAAAAGUACGUAGCGAUGGCGGAACGGCGCUGUGUUGUGACGUCGGUGCAGGGACCCCACCCACUCCGUUCGGAUAAUGCCAAUAUCUUUUGUGAGUGUGAGUGGCGGUGCGGGCGGGCGUGACUCAGGAGGGGGUGACUGAGAGUUGCUUUCACGUGCCCUUACUGAGAACGAUUACAUAUGUCUUUCGGCACAAACCGAACGCAUCACGUUCGCUGGUUCUGCUUCUGUGUCGUGUAUCGAUCUCUGCUGCUCUGCUUGCUCUUUCUUCAACGUGUUUCGGUGGUUUGUGUUCUUUUUCUAAGAUAGGAGGCUGUAGAGUAGAUGCACGCAUAUGUAAAAUUUACGGACGGUUGGCAGCUGAUAUUGCCAACGUCUUUGAUCAGAAGCUUCUCGCCCCGAAAUGACGAAGACUUCGACGCCACCCGGAUAUACGAGGCCUACUGGGUGUCGGACUGCGGCGAUGAAGAGGAUUAUUACGAUGCUCACGUGCUCCUUCUGGGCGAGUCUGUGGAUGACCUCCUGAAGAAAAUGCAGACAAAACGGUACCCCAUUCCAAGGAUUGUCGGUGGAACAGCAAAGCUCGUAGGACCAGUAGGAAAGAAAGUCCAAGACCUCGGUCACAAGGAGAAGAGAAAACAAAAGGAAAUCGGAAAGAAAACAAGGCUGCAUGACAUUGCCGCUGAUUUCAGGAAAAAGCAGAAGAUCAAGCAGACGGAGACACCCAGCCGCUACCAGAGUGACAUGGUACCCAUCACUGUCCUCAGGGAAAAAGAGGAAGUUAUAAAAGAACUAAAAAAAGAACUGGCCAAAGAAAGGAGCCACAGUCGGCAGCUGGCUCAGGCCCUGGCCACAAAAAUUGUAGUUGCCGCAGGAGAGAGUAGAGACACAGCCACUACCUCCGAUGAGGGGCUUCCCUUUUAUGAGUCACCAUUCCUUGAGUGGGAGAAUGCACCCUAUCCAAUGAAGGAUGUUCACUGCGGCCCAGUUUCAGUGCCUUCAACUUCUGGCACAGGAUGCCCAUCUACACAGCGUGCGUUGCCUGCUAAAGUACUAGUGGAUCAAGCUCUGGUACCGCCAGUUGACCAAGUACUGGCAAACCAAGUGCCAACAUGUCCUGCUGAGAGAGUGCAGACUGUGCCGACUCCUCCCGCAGCUCUCUUGCCAGUGGCUGACGUCCCGCCAGUCGGUCAACAACAAGGCCUGGCAAGCACGUGGCACCUCAUUUGCCGGCUCGGCAAGCACGGGCUGCUGGACUGUUCUUUGUCGACUUCAGCUGCCAGUGCCUGUUUUGGACAGGGAAGAUCCCACACCACCGGCUUUUUCUGAGGAAGAUGGCAUG